UUGGAAAAAAAAAAAAAUCAAAGGUCAUUUUGUUAUACGGAGUAUUAAAAAUGGAGUACUCCUUAUACGAGUAUCAUUUAAUAUAACUCACAUAUUAUGACCCGAUGAUUUUGGCUUGGGGGUAAAGGACAAUCAAUUACUCGUAUUAUUUAAAGCUAUUUUGCGCUAAUGAGCCAUAAGCACAUUGUAAUUGUAGUGUAAAAUACAGAUUAGAAUAGGGUUAGAUGGUUUAAAAUUGCGACCUAUCAUACACACUCCGGAUUAGACUAUACCUUACAAAAUAGGUCAAGUCCACAUCCUUGGUCCAACAAGCUAUGUUCUGGAAAACUGUAGAGGAAUAUGGGGACGUGGGCAGCCAGGCAGGUAUAUAUCAUCAGUCACUACUAAAGAAUCUGACAUUUAUUUUAAGGGUACGCUAAAGAAAACGAAAGUCAAUUAAUUGGAUAGGAUUAAAUUAUUGGAGUUGUGCAAUCAGAUCAUGGCCGCCAAUAUUGUAGACGUAGAUAGAUCUUGUUCUUUUCAUGAUUAUUGACCAAUAUUCAAUGUUGGAUCCAACUUUAUUUGAUUAUUGGUUGGCCAACUACUUAAAAAGUAUGCAACUCGUUUAAUGUAGUAAUCAUGAGCUGUAAUUACACUGGACGAACGAGCUUAAUUAACAAUGUGAAUGAACGUAAUUAAUAUUGGGGCUAAGUGUUAUUAUUCCUGUCUAAUAUUUGUUGGUUAGUCGUCAUCAAACUUAUCACAAGGACGGAAUUUUGUUAUUGAUUACUCCCAUCCCUAUGUCACUAUUGUUAUUCUACUCCGUAAUUAUCAAAAGUGUAUAUUAAAUAGUCAUUAUUGUUUCGAGGGUUAGGGAAGAGAGGGGGCGGUUUCUAGGGUUGGAGAAAGGUCAUCAGCCGGUUUUCGAGGUAAAGGAAGGGAGGGGUGGUUUGGGGUGCAUAAGGAUUUUUUCGGUAGGGAAGGGAAGGGGGUUGGCAACCAGCGGUGUUUGGAGCUGGUGGCUCCCACGUUUUCAUUAUUUUAUAUUUUAAUUUUUUUAAGUAAUUUUUAGACCAAUUAAAACUUGAAACGUGCCAUUUGGUAUAACAAGUUAGGAUUUGUAUAAUGGUACGAUAAAUCAAUAUAUUGUACAAGUAUACAUCAGGGAUUUAUUUGAAUAUGUGAUGUAUAUCCAAUUCUAGAUCUCGUGUACUUUACUUUUUAUCUAUAACUCUAUAAGAUAUGCUCUCUUAUUAUUUAUAGACCGAUUUUGGCUUUUGGAUAUGAAUCGAUUCCAAUUGCUUCAUUAUAACGAGUAUACUUUUUCAUCAUCUUUGGGUCUCCUAAUUGUAUGUUUAAAAAAAUCUCUAGGUAUAGUAUUACUCCUAGAGUCCUAUUAUAACACGUUUUUAUUUGUUGUUUUUGCAAUUUCUCAUGAACCAACAAAAAAAAAACAAAAGAAAUACGUAUAAAAAAAUGUUUUGCUUAUUGCUAAAUUUAUGAUUAUGAAUUGGAGAAUGAACUGUUGAUGUCGAUUUCAAGGAAAUUUCUUGCACUUUGCACCAAUUUAAAAUUUAUUGCUUCUAUAUAGAGGAAGUUGGAAGCUUUUGAGGAGAACUUAGAAAGGAAGAAGAAGAAAUAAAGAUGGGUUUCUUGUCACUCUUUGAAGUGGCAUCAAUGCCCAUUUUGCAAGUGCUAAUAAUCAGUGGAUUAGGAGCAUUUUUGGCAACUGGCUAUUGUAAUCUUUUGAAUGCAGAUGCUAGAAGGUCCUUGAAUAAGAUCGUGUACGUGGUUUUCACUCCUGCACUCAUGUUUGCAAGUCUUGCUAAGACUGUAACGUUGCAAGACAUCAUAUCAUGGUGGUUUAUGCCUGUUAAUGUAGGGCUAACGUUUUUAAUCGGAGGAAUCCUUGGAUGGAUUACAGUUAAGAUUCUGAAACCUGGGUUACAUCUUGAAGGUUUAAUCAUUGCUUCUUGCUCAGCAGCAAACUUGGGAAACCUUGUUCUGAUCGUACUUCCUGCAAUCUGCAAUGAGGAUGGCAGUCCAUUUGGUGACGACCAUGCUGCUUGUUCUUCAAUUGGCCUUUCUUACGCCUCUUUCUCAAUGGCGCUAGGGGGGUUUUACAUAUGGACAUACACUUUUCACUUGGUAAAGAGUUCAUCCAUUAAGUUUAAGGCACUAAUAGCCGCGGAAGAGGCUGCAAGGGAUCCAAACGACGACUUAGAAGCUGAUGUAAAGGCCCAUCUUCUUAGUGGAGAAAGUCAAGGGUAUGAUGCAGGAAGCCAUCCUGUAUCACCUAAGAAGGAAAGCGAGCCCCUUUGGAGAAAGAUAAUCGAGUUUCUACACCUAAUAUUAGAGGAACUAAUGGCACCUCCUAGCCUUGGUGCAAUUAUUGGACUCAUUUUUGGAGCUACUACUUGGUUAAGGGGCCUCGUCAUAGGAGAUGGAGCUCCACUUCGAGUGAUACAAGAUUCUCUCAAAUUGCUUGGAGAUGGAACAAUACCUUCUAUCACCCUUAUACUAGGUGGAAACCUUAUACAAGGAUUAAGAUCAUCAAAAGUAAAGCCAACUGUGAUUAUUGGGAUCUUAUUUGUCAAAUACUUGCUGCUUCCUGUGAUUGGAAUUGGAGUAGUAAAAGCUGCUGAUACUUUUGGCUUCCUCCCAUCAGACCCUUUAUAUCGCUUUGUGUUGAUGCUUCAGUUCACAUUGCCUCCGGCCAUGAGCAUCGGUACUAUGGCACAAUUAUAUGAUGUGGGACAAGAAGAGUGCUCAGUGAUAUUUCUUUGGACAUAUCUUUUUGCAGCACUUGCUCUUACUCUCUGGUCCACAGUAUUUAUGUGGAUCCUAUCCUAAACAAAGCAUUAUAAGGGCAAGCAAGCAUAAUAUUAUGAUUCAUCAUUCACACAGAAUUAUACAUUUGUCCUUAAAAAACAGAAACUUGUCCCAGAUGGUCCAUGCAGUCAAGUUAUCAGCAACUGGAAUUUUCAAAGUGACAAGUAAUUUGAAAUGAUGCAUAUUACUCUACAUCGCGGUUUAAUAUCAGGAUAAGUAUCGACUCUAGUGCCAGUGCAAGCUUCUGAUACAAAAACGCGGUGGCUAUAUAUGUAAUGAAGAACAAUUUUGUCAAGUCAUAUGUGAUUCUCUGUAAUCACACUUGUAUCAUUCUUUGUAGCCUUCUCUUUUAGAGGGGAAGGGUUGAUUUAUGAAGUCAUAUAUCAUUGACAUAGAUUAUACUUCAUGUUUAAAUUGAAGGCCACAUUUGGGUCAUAUUUAUGUUAUAUACUAGGAAAUGGUUAAAAAA